GUGGGCACUUUCCGGCGGAGGGGGGGAGAGGAGGCCGCAGGAAGCCGAGCUCGCUGGGGGCGCCGCUAUCGUCGUCACCAUGGCGAAGAUGAGCAAGGAGUCCAAGCAGCGGCUGCAGCAGCUCUUCCGGGGCGGCCAGUUUGCCAUCCGCUGGGGUUUCAUCCCCCUCGUGCUCUACCUAGGGUUCAAGAGAGGCGCCGACCCAGGAAUGCCGGAGCCCACGGUCCUGAGCCUGCUUUGGGGAUGAGAGACUGAACAUCAGGAUUGGAAGCGAUCAGUGGACUAGAGAAAGCCUGCCGAGUGCACUUUGGCCAGAAUGACGAAGUAGAUGCUGCCCGCCUGCCCUCCCGCCCUCCCGAAGCUCUCCGGCAGGGGUCGCCCUGCACAGGCCCGUCAGGGGCAAAAUAGUUCUUUUCUUUAAUUCUGGGUGUCAGAAUGUAUUGAAAUAAAUAUCUCCCAACAUG